AUGUCUAUACCUCCUUCGCCAGAUACAGCCUGGUCUCUAGCUGGUAAGACCGCUAUCGUGACUGGCGCCUCACGCGGAAUCGGACGAGCCACCGCUAUCCACCUGGCACGUAAAGGUCUUUCCAAGUUGGCCAUCACCUAUGCCACCAACCACCAAGCGGCUCAGGAGACUCUUGACGAGUGCAAGGCCCUUGGCGUAAAAGACGCAAUUUCAAUCCAAGCGGAUGCGCUUGAUCCUGCUUUUGGGUCCAAGAUCAUUUCCGCUGUUCUCAGAGACCUCGGGGUGACCGUCAUCGACAUUCUCGUCAACAACGCCGUCUUAGCCGACCCAUCGAAAGUGCAACCUGUCAGGGAGCUGACCUUGGACGUCUUCCUCGAAACGAUGCAGGCGAAUGUUUACGCGCCGAUCACGCUUGCCACAGCGCUUCUGCCGCAUUUGCCAGCAUACGGAGGCCGUGUCAUAAACGUUUCCAGCGUUGUCGCUCUACAAUCCAGUGACGAUCCUAUCAUGACAUACGCGGCCAGCAAGGCCGCACUCCAAAGCUUUACGCGCUCGUUGGCCGGUAGUCUAGGGAAAUCCACACAGGCUACUUUCAAUAGCGUUGUUGUAGGUAUUACUGCGACGGACUCGGUCAAGUCUGCCGAGGACUUCUUUCCAGCGGGAUUCAUGGACGCGCAGAUCCGAGAUGUCACUGCCGCGGAGAGGAUUGGCGUUCCCGAAGAUAUCGCUUACAUCAUUGGAUUUCUAUCUAGCGAUGAGGCCCGGUGGGUCAAUGGCGCUGCAGUCAGUGCUAAUGGUGGCAGUAAACUUGCUAUGUCAGCGCUCGGGUAG